AUAAGUCAGAAUUGGCUUGAUGGCACAUCAUCAUCACCAUCCUUAUUGCUAGGACAGCUGCAGCGCUAACAUCCACAUCCUCAGUCAUCAUGACAUGGAGUAGAAGUGUUGACCCCAACAGCCUUCAAUACAAAUUCAACUUCAUCGCUGAUGUGGUAGAGAAGAUUGCCCCAGCCGUCGUUCACUUAGAGCUCUUCCGCAGAGCACAUCCAGAUUCCUUGGGUACCAAAAUAAGCAGCAGCCAAAAUCCGAAAAGCAGGGGAAGGGCUCCUUAUACAAACAAAGAAGUCCUGGUGUCUAGUGGUUCCGGCUUCAUUGUGUCGGAAGAUGGCCUGAUCAUCACCAAUGCCCACGUUCUCACCAACAAGCAGAGGAUCAAAGUGGAGCUCAAGAGCGGCCAACAGUUUGACGCCAAAGUCAAGGAGGUUGACAACAAGCUCGACAUUGCCUUGAUCAAAAUAGAUACGAAUAUGCCACUCCCGGUGCUCCUGCUGGGCAGAUCCUCCGACCUUCGCCCUGGGGAGUUCGUGGUAGCCCUGGGGAGCCCAUUCUCCUUGCAGAACACGGUGACAACCGGAAUUGUGAGCAGCACACAGAGAGAUGGCAAAGACCUGGGGCUGAAGGACUCGGAUAUGGAAUACAUCCAGACGGAUGCCAUCAUCAAUUACGGAAAUUCCGGUGGGCCUUUGGUCAACUUGGAUGGUGAAGUCAUUGGCAUGAACACCCUGAAGGUGACAGCUGGCAUCUCCUUUGCUAUUCCCUCGGAUCGAAUCCGCCAGUUCCUGGAAGAUUCUCACAACCGUCAAGUGAAAGGGAAGAGUAGGACCAAGAAGAAAUACCUGGGGCUCCGAAUGCUUCCUCUCACAUUCAACCUUAUCCGCGAGCUUAGACGGAGAGACAGGGAUUUCCCGGACCUGAUCCCCGGUGUCGGCGUUUAUGUCUACGAAGUGAUUCAAGGAACAGCAGCUGCAAGUGCCGGCCUGGAAGACGGAGAUGUCAUCAUUGCGAUUAACGGGAAAACAGUCACUUCAACCCACGACGUCACGGACACGGUACAACGCAGCGACAACCUCGCCAUUGUGGUGCGGCGAGGGAACGAAGACAUCAUCCUGACAGUCAGGCCAGAUGAAAUUGAUUAAAAAUUGCCCUUUUAAUGCAAAA